AGGAAACGGUUUAUUAGGAGGGAGUGGUGGAGCUGGGCCAGGCAGGAAGACGCUGGAAUAAGAAACAUUUUUGCUCCAGCCCCCUUCCCAGUCCCGGGAGGCCGCUGCGCCAGCCGCGCCGAGCGAGCCCCUACCCGGCUCCAGCCCGGUCCGAGGCCGCGCCCGGACCCCAGCCCGCCGUCCAGCGCUCGCGGUGCAACCGCGGCCGCGCGGUAAGGGGAGGUGGCCCCGGCCCACCGAAGGCUCGCGCCCCGCCACCCGCAGAGCGGGCCCAGAGGGACCAUGACCUUGGGCUCCCUGAGGAGAGGCCUUCUGAUGCUGCUGAUGGCCUUGGUGACCCAGGGCGACCCCGUGAAGCCCUCUCGGGGCCCACUGGUGACCUGCACAUGUGAGAGCCCACAUUGCAGGGGGCCUACCUGCCAGGGGGCCUGGUGCACAGUAGUGCUGGUGCGGGAGGAGGGGAGGCACCCCCAGGAACAUCGGGGCUGCGGGAACUUGCACAGGGAGCUCUGCAGGGGGCGCCCCACCGAGUUCGUCAACCACUACUGCUGCGACAGCCACCUCUGCAACCACAACGUGUCCCUGGUGCUGGAGGCCACCCAAACUCCUUCGGAGCAGCCAGGAACAGAUGGCCAGCUGGCCCUGAUCCUGGGCCCUGUGCUGGCCUUGCUGGCCCUGGUGGCCCUGGGUGUCGUGGGUCUGUGGCAUGUCCGACGGAGGCAGGAGAAGCAGCGGGGCCUGCACAGCGAGCUGGGAGAGUCCAGUCUCAUCCUGAAAGCAUCUGAGCAGGGCGACAGCAUGUUGGGGGACCUCCUGGACAGUGACUGCACCACAGGGAGUGGCUCGGGGCUCCCCUUCCUGGUGCAGAGGACAGUGGCACGGCAGGUUGCCUUGGUGGAGUGUGUGGGAAAAGGCCGCUAUGGUGAAGUGUGGCGGGGCUUGUGGCACGGCGAGAGUGUGGCUGUCAAGAUCUUCUCCUCAAGGGACGAACAGUCCUGGUUCCGGGAGACUGAGAUCUACAACACAGUGUUGCUCAGACACGACAACAUCCUAGGCUUCAUCGCCUCAGACAUGACCUCCCGCAACUCGAGCACGCAGCUGUGGCUCAUCACGCAUUACCACGAGCACGGCUCCCUCUACGACUUUCUGCAGAGACAGACGCUGGAGCCUCAUUUGGCUCUGAGGCUAGCUGUGUCCGCAGCCUGUGGCCUGGCACACCUGCACGUGGAGAUCUUCGGUACACAGGGCAAACCGGCCAUUGCCCACCGUGACUUCAAGAGCCGCAACGUGCUGGUCAAGAGCAACCUGCAGUGUUGCAUUGCUGACCUGGGCCUGGCUGUGAUGCACUCACAGGGCAGCGAUUACUUGGACAUCGGCAACAACCCAAGAGUAGGCACCAAGCGGUACAUGGCACCUGAGGUGCUGGAUGAGCAGAUCCGCACGGACUGCUUUGAGUCCUACAAGUGGACUGACAUCUGGGCCUUUGGCCUGGUGUUGUGGGAGAUCGCCCGCCGGACCAUCGUGAACGGUAUCGUGGAGGACUAUAGACCACCCUUCUAUGAUGUGGUGCCCAAUGACCCCAGCUUUGAGGACAUGAAGAAGGUGGUGUGUGUGGAUCAGCAGACCCCCACCAUCCCUAACCGGCUGGCUGCAGACCCGGUCCUCUCAGGCCUAGCUCAGAUGAUGCGGGAGUGCUGGUACCCAAACCCCUCUGCCCGACUCACCGCGCUGCGGAUCAAGAAGACGCUACAGAAAAUUAGCAACAGUCCAGAGAAGCCCAAAGUGAUUCAGUAGCCCAGGAGCACCUGACUCCUCUCUGCCUGCAGGGGGGUGGGGGGUGGGGGGUAGUGGAUGGUGCCCUAUCUGGGUAGAGGUAGUGUGAGUGUGGUGUGUGCUGGGGAUGGGCAGCUGCGCCUGCCUGCUCGGCCCCCAGCCCACCCAGCCAAAAAUACAGCUGGGCUGAAAUCUG